ACUGCCGCGACGCGAUUAUCGCAUUCCGCUAGCAAGCGCGAGCGUACGGUCUUGGAACAACUGUUGCGAUGCUUUGGUUGAUUUUGCUCUCGACUUAGCGAAAUUAUCAAUAUAACUGCGUCGCGUGACGACAGUCACUCAAUAUGAAGUCAGACAUGACCGCCGAAGAGAUGAAGAACCAGGGAAACAAGCUGUUUUCUGCGAGGAAAUACGAAGAUGCCAUAGCUUGUUACAGCAAAGCAAUCAUAAGGAAACCAUCAUCUGCAACAUACUUCUCCAAUCGUGCGCUCUGCUAUGUGAAGCUACGUCAGUGGGAAUUGGCCUGUCAAGAUUGCAGAAGGGCGCUCGACCUGGACCCGAGUUCUGUGAAAGGACACUUCUUUCUAGGCAAUGCUCUACUCGAACUUGAAAAUUAUGAAGAGGCUGUUAGAUGUCUUCAACGAGCGAGCGACCUGGCAAAGGAGCAGAGGCUCAACUUUGGCGACGACAUCGCCAGUCUCCUGCGUGUGGCUCGGAAGCAGCGCUGGCAGCAACAUGAAGAACGUCGGCUCAUGCAGGAGAUAGAGCUUCUGUCCUACCUCACCCAGCUUAUCAUGAAGGACAAAGAAGAGAAGGUUCUAAAACUGGUGUCCGAAGGAACGAAGCAAAGUGAGGUGGACAGAGUGGAAAGCUUGCACGAGAAGCACAUAUCAGAGCUAAACGGCGUCUUUGCUAAAGCGGACGAAAGAAGACGGAGACGAGAAGUCCCAGACUACCUGUGCGGCAAGAUCAGCUUUGAGAUCAUGCGGGACCCCGUGAUAACGCCCAGCGGUAUCACGUACGACAGGAGGGACAUCGAAGAACACUUGCAGAGAGUCGGCCACUUUGACCCAGUGACCCGCACGCCUUUGACCUUGGAUCAGCUGGUGCCGAACUUGGCCCUGAAAGAAGUGAUUGACGCCUUCCUGGCGGAGAACGAGUGGGCACACGACUACUGACCGAGAACGUCCAUUUCUGGCUUCAUUUUUGGAAGUGCUAAUAACAUAAAAAUCCCAGCAUCUCGGACACAGCUCUCCGAGGCUGCUGAAACUUGACAGAUUGAAAAGUUGGGAGUGUUUAAUCGUUUGCUUUAUCAUUUUUGCCGGCUUCUGAUGUUGGGCUUGUUUGAUGCUCAAAACUUCACGUUGUCCUUUUUGUGUGAUCCAUUUGUCACAGAUUUUUGGUAUAUUUUGUGUUCAAAGCGUGCCUCUCUGAAAGGUAACAUUGUUUAUGAAGUGCCCGCUACACAUCGUAAAAGUACCCUUGCUUCUGCUGCAGUAUUUUGUGUAUGUUAUGUUCCUUGCACCUUUCAUUGCAUAAAGGUGAUGUACAGUA